AUGCCCCUAACAAUCCACCACCUCCAAGUCUCCCAAUCCGAACGCAUCCUCUUCCUCUGCGAAGAACUCCACCUCCCCUACGACCUCAAACUCUACCCCCGCAGGCCCCUCCUCGCAGGACCCGAAUACAAAGCCCUCCACCCCAUCGGCGCAGCACCGGUCAUCACAAUCACCGACUCCUCCCUCCCCAACAACACCCCCACCCUCACUCUAGCCGAAAGCGGCGCAAUCGUCGAAUACAUCCUCACCACCCAACUCCACCCCACCAGCCCCAACCUCGUCAUCAAACCGGGCGAGAAGGACUACGCAGAAUACGUCUACUGGCUGCACUUCCCCAACGGCACCCUCCAGCCCUCCAUCGGCCGCUACCUCACCCUCCUCUGGGCCCACGCAGACGAGAACAACGACCCGACCGUCGCCCGGGUCAAAGCGAAAAUGUACUCCAACCUCUCCUUCGUCGACGCACAACUCCAGAAAACCGGGGCGUGGAUUGUGGGGAGCAAGUUCACGGCGGCAGAUGUGAUGAUUGUGUUUUCUUUGACGACGAUCCGGAGGUUUGGACCGGUGGAUUUGAGUGGGUUUGAGGGGAUACUGGGGUAUUUGCGCCGAAUUGGGGGCAGGGAGGGGUACGUGCGGGCGAUGGAGAGGGGGGAUCCGGGGAUGGAGUGGAGGGAUGCGAUGGGGGGAGCUAGUCCGAAGGUUUUUGAAGGGUUGAGUAUGCAGUCGCAGCAGGGGCAGGGGCAGCGGAAGGCGAAGGUGUAG